AGGGGAACGACUCAGUUUCCCUAUAGAGUGAAGGGAAGAGGAAACCCGUUGUGUCUUGUACGUUUCCCAACUAUUUCAGUAUCCCUGGGUCUAGACUCUCGCCACUUUUCCUUAUACUUCUUUCCAGCCUAGGUAAGGAAUGGCUCCAUCUUCUUGGGUACCCAAAACCCAGUUCCCCACAGCCUCUUACCCUACCUCGAGUCCCCACCUAGACUUAUCUCCUUUUCUGCCACUGUUCCAGAGCUGCCAUGUCGCUCUGCCUGGCUGGCUUCUCCCUGCCCCUCUUCUCCAGCCAGGCUCCUUCCCCAGCCAGACCAACCAACACAAUGAAGAGCUUGGACUUGGGGUUCAGAGAGCAGAAUCGGGAGCUCAGCCUCUCUCAGUGCUGAGGGAGAAGAAACAGACAUCCCAGGAAAGUGGAGACAGUAAGAGGGAUGUUUUAGAGGGGUUGUGUUGGGGAAAGGGUUUCCUUCUACACCCAAAGGGGAUGUUGACAUCUCUUCUUUCAUCCACUGGAAGAUUAUCAUGGAGUCCCGUCCUUGUAGUGGGCAAGCCAGAGAGCUUGUGGGUCCUAGGAAGUGAUGCUGAUAUGGAGAGAAAGAUGGUAUGGCUGCCUCUGAUAUCUACAGACCAGGGAGUCAGGACAAAGUAGAGAAAUUGGAAAUAGCCCUUGCCCAGAACUAAGGGAGUUCCUUUACUCCCUUAGGAGUCCAGUUCUUAGGGAAACCUUGACAAGCCUACAGGGAAGGUGCUGGUGAGAGGUCGGGGACAGGGAAGGCAGAUGGGCUCACUACAGAAGCCACCUCCCUGCCAAUGUAAAGUGGGGAGGAGGCACCCCCACCCCGCCCCGAGAUCUGCCAGGUUUCCUGCCAGAGGGGGAUGGUUUAAGUUCAGAAUACCACUAUCUUUAAGGCCCAGAUAUUCCCCACUCCCAUGUAGAUUGGAUCUAGUACCCACUAAGUCAGGAGCCAUCGGUCACAAAGUUGACAGAGGACAGUUUGGGCUGUGAGGGGUGGGAAAGGAGCUGCAGGAUCCAGGGAUGGGUCAAGGUAGGGGGUCCUAACCUGCAGUAACAGGAAAGGGAUGAGAGGAAGGAAGCAGGCAAUGGUGGAGUGAGGCGCCUGGGAGAAGAAGGGAAGCCAGCUAUGUGAGAGAUUGCAGGGAAACAGGGUCUGUGGCCGUCUCAAGUGUGUGUGUGGGGGGAGGGGAGGGGGUGUUUGGAGGUUAAGUGUGAGGAGUCUGGGUUCUCCCUCCCUCCUGCUUUGGAAGCUUUGGCUACACAUAUUUGGCAGCUGUUUUGUAUAAACAUUCCCCAGCAGUGUCACUUGGGCAGGCACUAAAGGGAGCAGAAUGGAGGGGAUUGUGGGUGGGCGUAUGGGGAGGGAGGAAAGCCAUAGACCUUAGAGGGGUGUGAUCUGGCUCUCCUCCAGCUGCACUCUCUCCUUCAGAACAUGAGUUCCUGUCUCCCGAUUUAGACUCUGCUCCAGAUACCCAGAAUCCUGUCAUUCUCUGCCCUGAGGGCCUCAGGUUUGAUUCCAGAGUCUGAGUGGACUGGUCUUCCAGAUAUGUCCCUCUGAGGACUGAUUUUGCCACUGAAAGGGUGACCAAAGAAUGGUUGUUGGGAAAUACAGAUGGAGCUUGAACUCCUGGUUGGGAAUAUGAGGCUUCUCAUGGUAUGGGAUGGGGAGCUGAAAAUAGGGGUGGCUGGGGGGCUCCCAUGUUGUUUGGGUCAUAAAUGUUAGGGACGACCUGUCCACAAACAGGACAGGGAUGAGGGCUGUUUAUAGGGAGGCUCAUAUGUUGGAGCCAGGUGGGUAGCAUUUGCUUUUGGGCUUCUCACUGGGGGUGGAAAAAGUCUAAUACCCAAAACACUAGGAUAAGCGAGACAUUCCAUUGUUUUUAAUAAACUUAAGAAAAUAAUAUUUUUAGAUUUAUGGGAAAAAAUUUGAAGAUAGAGUACCUGUACCCCACGCCCAGUUUUCCCUUUUAUUAGGAACUUACAUUAGUAUGGUACAUUUGUUACAAUUAAUGAACCAUUAUUGAUACAUUAUUAACUAAUGUCUGCUGAGUUUUCAUCUAAUGUUCUUCUUCUGUUCCAGGAUCACAUCCAGGAUACCAAGUCACAUUUAGUCAUCAUGUCUCCUUGGGCCCUUUUGACUAUGACAGUUUCUCAAAUUUUCCUUAGUUUUGAUAACCUAAACCUCAGUUUCCUCCUUAUUGCUUAAUACUGGGAGGACUGCCAGAUUUGGGGGUGAAGUAGUGGGUGAUGUGUGUGCAAGUGACAGAACCUCAAUGUCGCUUCUGGAAUACAGGUGUGGAAAUGAGAAGAGCCCUGCUAGACUUAGGGAUUUAGGAGGAGGGAAUAAAAAAAGACCAGAAAGAGAAAGCCUAUUGCUGAACGAACGCCACACCCUUGGCGUGCCUAUUAACUAGCGGAUAAUGAAAGGAUGUCGGGAUGUGAUUUAAAUGCUCGGUCGACAGUGACGUCAUUGAACGAAGCCUGAUUGCGAGAAGCCUUUCAAGAAACUUUCCCUCUAAGUCCCCUGAGUCGCUGCGAUGCUUCAGCUCCUACCUGUCCUCUAAAGGAGAGUAACAAUGCAGGCUGACUAGCUUCGUCCCCUAGCUUGCUCGCUCGCGGAGUCCAAGGAACUACAAUUCCCAGAAGACAUCGUGGCGUGACCGGGCUCUUGCUGCAUCCCGAUUGGCUGACCGCCACCGGCCUGGCCUCCUGAGUGAAAUCAUGAAGGUGGUGAACCUGAAGCAAGCCAUUUUGCAGGCUUGGAAGGAGCGAUGGAGUGACUACCAAUGGGCAAUCAACAUGAAGAAAUUCUUUCCCAAAGGAGCCACCUGGGACAUUCUCAACCUAGCAGAAGCACUACUGGAGCAGGCCAUGAUUGGACCUUCCCCCAAUCCUCUCAUCCUGUCCUACCUGAAGUAUGCCAUUAGUUCCCAGAUGGUGUCCUACUCCUCUGUCCUCACAGCUAUCAGUAAGUUUGAUGACUUUUCCCGGGACCUGUGUGUCCAGGCUUUGCUGGACAUCAUGGACAUGUUUUGUGACCGACUGAGCUGUCACGGCAAAGCGGAGGAGUGUAUCGGGCUCUGCCGGGCCCUCCUCAGCGCCCUCCACUGGCUGCUGCGCUGCACCGCAGCCUCUGCCGAGCAGCUCCGAGUCGGGCUGGAGGCCGGCACUCCAGCGGCCGCCGAGAAGCAGCUUGCCAUGUGCCUGCAGCGCCUGGAGAAGACCCUCAGCAGUACCAAGAACCGGGCCCUGCUCCACAUCGCCAAACUAGAGGAGGCCUCAUUGCAUACAUCCCAGGGACUUGGGCAGGGUGGCACCCGAGCCAAUCAACCAACAGCUUCCUGGACUGCCAUUGAGCAUUGCCUCUUGAAGCUUGGGGAUAUCCUGGCUGGUCUCAGCAGCCCCCAGCUCCGGAGCCAGGCCGAGCAGUGUGGCACACUUAUCAGGAGCAUCCCCACCAUGCUGUCCGUGCACUCGGAGCAGCUGCACAAGACUGGCUUCCCCACCGUCCAUGCAGUGGUCCUGCUCGAGGGCACCAUGAACCUGACAGGCGAGACACAGCCGCUGGUGGAACAGCUGAUGAUGGUGAAACGCAUGCAGCAUAUCCCUACCCCACUUUUUGUCCUGGAGAUCUGGAAAGCUUGCUUCGUGGGUCUUAUUGAGUCUCCUGAGGGUACUGGAGAGCUCAAGUGGACAGCUUUCACCUUCCUCAAGAUUCCACAGGUUUUGGUGAAGUUGAAGAAAUACUCUCAUGGGGACAAGGACUUUACUGAGGAUGUCAAUUCUGCUUUUGAGUUCCUGCUGAAGCUCACCCCCUUGCUGGACAAGGCUGACCAGCGCUGCAACUGUGACUGUACAAGUUUCCUGCUCCAGGAAUGUAGCAAGCAGGGGCUUCUGUCUGAAGCCAGUAUGAACAACCUAAUGGCCAAGCGCAAAGCAGACCGGGAGCAUGCACCGCAGCUGAAAUCAGAUGAAAAUGCCAACAUCCAGCCCAACCCUGGGCUGAUCCUCCGUGCGGAGCCCACAGUCACCAACAUCCUCAAAACAAUGGAUGCAGACCACUCUAAGUCCCCGGAGGGGCUGCUGGGGGUCCUGGGCCACAUGCUGUCUGGGAAGAGCCUGGACUUGUUGCUGGCUGCGGCCGCCGCCACUGGGAAGCUUAAGUCCUUCGCCCGGAAAUUCAUUAAUUUGAAUGAAUUCACGACGCACGGCAGUGAAGAAAGCACCAAGGCGGCCUCAGUUCGAGCCUUGCUCUUUGACAUCUCCUUCCUCAUGCUGUGCCACGUGGCCCAGACCUAUGGCUCAGAGGUCAUCCUGUCUGAGUCGAGCACCGGAACAGAGGUGUUCUUCUUUGAGACGUGGAUGCAGACGUGCAUGCCCGAGGAGGGCAAAAUCCUGAACCCUGACCACCCCUGCUUCCGGCCUGACUCCACCAAAGUGGAGUCCCUGGUGGCUCUGCUCAACAACUCCUCGGAGAUGAAGCUGGUGCAAAUGAAGUGGCACGAAGCCUGUCUCAGCAUUUCAGCGGCCAUCCUGGAAAUCCUCAAUGCCUGGGAGAAUGGGGUGCUGGCCUUCGAGUCCAUCCAGAAAAUCACUGAUAAUAUCAAGGGGAAGGUUUGCAGUCUGGCAGUGUGUGCCGUGGCUUGGCUGGUGGCCCACGUGCGGAUGCUGGGGCUGGAUGAGCGUGAGAAGUCGCUGCAGAUGAUCCGCCAGCUGGCAGGGCCGCUGUACAGCGAGAACACCCUGCAGUUCUACAAUGAGAGGGUGGUGAUCAUGAGCUCCAUCCUGGAGCACAUGUGUGCUGACGUGCUGCAGCAGACAGCCACGCAGAUCAAGUUCCCGUCCACGGGCAUGGACACCAUGCCCUACUGGAACCUGCUGCCCCCAAAGCGACCCAUAAAGGAGGUGCUGACAGACAUAUUUGCCAAGGUGCUGGAGAGGGGUUGGGUGGACAGCCGCUCCAUCCACAUCUUUGACACCCUGCUCCACAUGGGAGGUGUCUACUGGUUCUGCAACAACCUGAUUAAGGAGCUGCUGAAGGAGACGCGGAAGGAGCACACACUGCGGGCGGUGGAGCUGCUCUACUCCAUCUUCUGUCUGGACAUGCAGCAGGUGACCCUGGUCCUGCUGGGCCACAUCCUGCCCGGCCUGCUCACCGACUCCUCCAAGUGGCACAGCCUCAUGGACCCCCCUGGCACUGCCCUCGCCAAGCUGGCCGUCUGGUGUGCCCUGAGUUCCUACUCCUCCCACAAGGGGCAGGCAUCCUCCCGCCAAAAGAAGAGACACCGCGAAGACAUCGAGGAUUACAUCAGCCUCUUCCCCUUGGACGACAUGCAGCCCUCCAAGCUGAUGCGACUGCUGAGCUCCAAUGAGGAAGAUGCAAAUAUCCUCUCAAGUCCCACGAUUUUGAAUGCAGGAGGCCGUUUCCUCAGUGCUCCCUCGCUUGGCCCCACAGCCGACCGAUCCAUGAGCAGCUCCCUGUCGGCCUCCCAGCUCCACACGGUUAAUAUGAGAGACCCGCUGAACAGAGUUCUGGCCAACCUGUUCCUGCUCAUCUCCUCCAUCCUGGGGUCGCGGACCGCCGGCCCGCACACGCAGUUUGUGCAGUGGUUCAUGGAGGAGUGCGUGGACUGCCUGGAGCAGGGCAGCCGGGGCAGCAUCCUGCAGUUCAUGCCCUUCACCACCGUAUCAGAACUGGUGAAGGUGUCAGCCAUGUCCAGCCCCAAGGUGGUUCUGGCCAUCACGGACCUCAGCCUGCCCCUGGGCCGCCAGGUGGCUGCCAAAGCCAUUGCUGCCCUCUGAGGGGCUUGGAGUGGCCGCUGGAGCUGGCGGGGGAGGGUGCCAGCCCCAGGCACCUCAGAAGGGAACCAUGAGGAGAGAUGAGACAUCAUUGCUCAUAGCCACAUGACGUAACAGCCCUCAGUCAGUCGGUUUCCAGAUCUUCCCCUGCUCCUGACUUCUGACCUCUAAGACGUCUCCCAAUCUCUUUCGUAAUUUCCUUUCCCCACUGCCGGCACCUGGUUCCUUAGCUCAGGGCAGCCUCCCUGUGUUGCACCCCUCGCGCCACUCCUCCCCUCCCGCGGGUAGAUUUACCUCUGAGAGAAUGCCCAGGUGCAGGGGCUGUGUGUAUAUAUGUAUAGGUGUGUUUUUUACAUGACGGAUGUUCACCUCGGCUCACUUGUAAAUAAAGACCCUUGUGGA